CGUACGGGCUGUGGCGAAGGGAGAGGCGGAGCAGAAAGCCUGGAGCAGGAUGUUCGUGGAGCUGAACGAGCUGCUGAACGCUUCCCCGGAGAGGCCCGAGCAGGGGAAGCUCACAUUGCUGCGCGACACCAAGACAGAUGGCAGCUUCCUGGUGCACCACUUCCUUUCCUUUUAUCUCAAAGCUGGCUGUAAAGUCUGUUUUGUAGCCCUGCUCCAGUCCUUCAGUCACUAUAACAUCAUAGCACAGAAGCUGGGAGUCAGUCUGACCGCAGCAAAAGAGCGGGGACAGCUUGUGUUCUUGGAAGGCCUGAAAUCCUGCUUUGACGUCUUUUUUGGUGAGGAGCAGCAUGUGGGGCAGACCAAUCCCCUUCAGUUUGUAAGCGAAGAUGGCUCCAACCUGAAAACCAUGUAUGAGUUUGUCCGGACAUCCCUGAUGGCUUCUGGUAGCGAUUCCUGGAAAUGCCCCGUGUUGCUGGUGGAUGAUCUCAGCGUCCUGCUCAGCCUGGGUGUGAGGCCGGUUGAUGUUUUGGAUUUCAUCCAUUACUGCAGAGUUGCAGUGUGCUCCCAGUUAAAGGGGAACAUAGUGGUGCUAGUGCACAGCAAUGAUGAUUCAGAAGAUGAGGAGAAUGAACUGAUCGUGAAUUCCCUCUGUCACCAGAGCAACCUAAUCCUUUGGGCAGAGGGGCUGACUACCGGCUUCUGUAAAGAUGUUCACGGACAGUUAAAGAUCAUUCAGAAGGGGUCAUCCGAGCUGAAAGCAGAGAAGAAUCUCCUCCGAAUCUACCAGUAUAAAAUUCAGGACAAGAAUGUCACAUUUUUUGCCAGAGGGAUGUCAGCAGCUGUGUUGUGAAUUCCAAGGCCCAAUUCAGCACAGGACCUGAGGCCAAGGGGAGAGUGGUGCUGGAUACCUGGGGAAAAACAGGA